GGUAAUUGGUCAAAUAGGUGAUUAACGCAGCUAUUACGCGCAAGCGAGCUCUCUGAACUGUGAAUACAUAUGGAAUAUAAGUAAGGUUGGUAGUUGGUAGUCAGUGCCAGAGACAGUCAGAGUCCCCCUCACUAAAUCAGAAACGAUGUUGAAGCAGGUGACUUUAAUUGCUUUUUUAAUGACGUACGUGUCAACACAAGACCAACCCACCAAUCAGAGGUCAAGGUCUUGGUCCUCGAUGUCUGGUACGUUCGGUGACAAUAUCGACUCAGGAUCCCGAGCCUUACGCAAUUUAGAUAGUAGUUCCCUUACAGGAGAUUUUGGACCGUAUAAUGGCCAAUCUAUGGGUCCGUAUACCUCUGAACGUUUCGGCACUGGGGAAGAUAUUAUGGGUGGAUCACGUUUUAUGGAUUCCACAAUGAGAGAUCCAAACAUGAUGGAUACAGGUUCAUGGCGAAAUCGCAACAGUAGGUGGUCAAUAGGAAAUCUAGACUCGUCUAACUCUCUUUCCAGCUUAUUGUCAGAUAGCACAGGAUUGACCGGUUCUUCAUCUGAUGCAUCUUCCUCUGUCCUUGAUGGAAGGUCACUUAGCGACAGUCUAUCUGGUUUUUCCAGAAGGAGCCCCUGGGAUAUGUCUCGUGGACCAAGAAAUAUGAACAGAUUCCCCUUUCAAAACGCUGAUCUCCAAUCCAUGACAGACAGAAGAGAUCUUGACCUUCCAACCAUGUCAAUGGGUCGAAGGCGAGGAAUGCCCUGGAGAAACUCAAACACAUGGGAAUUACCAAGAGGAAUGAGUCAAUUUUCGAUGUCAAGACGAGGACGAGGGGGAAUGGGAAUGAAUCGGUGGAAUCUGCCCCAGGGUGAAACGAAUUUGAUGGAAGAUUUGACAGGGGAUGGUAGCAUGGAUCAGUCAUUGAUGUCUGGAAGCAGAUCAGGCGGUUUACGUAGCUUAGGUAGAAUGAUGUCAAUGGGACGACGAUCAAGCCUUCCAUUGUCAUUGUCUUCUCGGCUAUCGUCGUUAUCAUCAGGCUUAGGACAAAUGGGAGCUCUGGAUAGGACCGCAAAUCUCGGACGAAUGUCAGACCUUUCAUCUCGUCUUUCGCCAUCCAUUGGUAGGAUGAUGUCUUCUGGUAGGCGAUCCAACAGGAUGUACCCAUCAUCAUCUGGCUCACAGAUGGGAAUGGGUAGGAGCAUGUCAGUCUAACUGUAAAAUCUGAAUAGAAAAUAAAUGUGUGCAAAACAA